AUGUCUGAACUUCAGCUAUAUGUGCCUGAAGUUUAUGAAAACUUUGCUUCUAGCGUUGUUCGCGAUCGCGAAGAUCUGGCCGUGAUUGCGAAAGUAUUUGAGUUGCUUUUGGCUAAUUUUGAGCCAUUCGGAUGUCGGUAUGCACGUGGUGGCAUUUUUGGAGUAUCGCUUGGCUUGCUCGAUAUCAGAAUUAGCUCGUUCGAGAUGCUAGAUACUGAUGCUACUGCGUACAGCGGGAGCUGGAUCGGAAGUCGUACCUGCAUUCCAGUCACAACUGCCUCUUGUUCUUGUUUCUUUUGGAACAAAAUUACUACUACUACUAAAAAAAAUCUAAUCAUUUCGUACUUCUCUAUAUUUCCACAAGUACCUCAGCCGCCUUUAUUUCAGUUCCAUCUAAUUUCUGCUUCUCCACUGUUGGGACAUAAAGAAGCUUGUGGAAUUUACCAUGUUGACUAUUCAGAUGAACUGAAUCGCCAAGUAUUUUAUGUCAACGGCAUAUUAGUAGACAAACUUUUAUUCUGCGGCACCCUCAAAUUUGAUCGUGCAAAACAUUGCUUUAUCCAAAAUUUUGGGUUUCAAUAUUGUGGAUUGGACUUAUCGAUUGAUGAGUUGCAUUUCAAGUCGGGAAGAAAAUUUCUACAAAAGGUGGUCAGACAAGGAUCCAGUGAACACAAUUUUGAUGAUACAGCAGCACGGAAGCCUAAGGAAAAACGUGCUGAUAAUUUUUCAGUAACCCCCCAAAAGUUGGUCAUGGCGGUACCAGUAUUUUUUAUUCUUUGCUGCGGCUUAAUUUGCCCUUGUUUUCGUGCGAGGAAGAAGGAAACGGAUCAAUCUGCUCUUGUAAAGGAUCCUAAUUCAAUGGACUCUGGUUCCUCCAUGGAGAUGAAUUUUGUUCCUGAAAAGGCACCCGGCAGUCCGCUACGAGUGCCAGCUAGUCCACUUCGAGUGCCGCCUAGUCCCUCUAGAUUUAGCAUGUCUCCAAAACUCAAUCGAAUUGGCUCCAUUCACCUCAACGUGAAUCAGGCUCUCAGAGCUACCCAAAAUUUCUCUCCGUCCCAAAAAAUUGGAGAGGGAGGGUUUGGAACGGUAUACAAAGCUCAACUACCGGAUGGUCAAGUAGUUGCCAUUAAACGUGCGAAGAAGGAGCAUUUUGAUUCUUUGAGCAAUGAAUUUAGAAGUGAAGUUGAGCUUUUGGCAAAAAUUGAGCACCGUAACCUAGUUAGGCUUCUUGGUUAUGUUGAUAGGGGAAAUGAACGCCUCAUCAUUACGGAGUAUGUGCCUAAUGGUACACUAAGAGAACAUCUAGAUGGUGGACGUGGGAAAAUCUUAGAUUUCAAUCAGCGACUUGAAAUUGCAAUUGAUAUUGCUCAUGGUCUAACUUACCUCCAUCUAUAUGCUGAGAAGCAAAUUAUCCAUAGAGAUGUGAAGUCAUCAAAUAUUCUCCUGACAGAGAGCAUGCGUGCCAAAGUUGCGGAUUUUGGAUUUGCACGACUUGGAGACUCAGACUCUGAUAAAACACACGUUUCAACCAAAGUGAAAGGCACCGUUGGUUACCUUGAUCCUGAGUACAUGAAAACAUAUCAACUCACGCCAAAAAGUGAUGUCUACUCAUUUGGGGUAUUGUUAUUAGAAGUUUUAACGGGCCGUCGUCCUGUAGAGCUUAAAAGACCUCCUGAUCAGAGGGUGACACUUAGAUGGGCUUUUAGGAAAUACAAUGAAGGAUGCAUGUUGGAAAUGUUGGACCCUCAAAUGAAGGAAUCCGUGAGCGGGGAGAUACUGGUGAAAAUGUUUGGUUUGGCUAUCCAGUGUGCAGCACCUACACGAAAAGAUCGCCCGGAUAUGAAGAUUGUUGGGGAGCAGCUUUGGGCAAUUAGAAUGGAUUAUUUGAGGAAUGGAAGAAGACAGUAAUAACUGCAAAUAUACUGUUGUGACUAAUACCAAGUUUAUUCCCUAGAAAGGAUAAUCUUCCACUUAUUGUUUGUAUAUGUGAGCAGUUAAGGUACUUUUCUUGAUAUUGAUUCACUGAUCUCUGGUGUGCUCAAAGUAUAUUGUAUUUUGUAUUUGUCGAUCCCAUUAGUCGUCUAUCUUCAUCGAAGAA